AUGAACGAAACUAUUUACGCAAAGAUGCCAAAAAACUUUUCCUGGGUUGUUGACAACAGACUAGCUGGUCUUGGUUGGCCGGGAACCAUAGAGGAGAUCCAGUUUUUAAAGAAGGUCGGAGUUAAGAGACUAAUUUCGUUGACAGAAUCGAGACUAGAAAUCCUGCAGAAGUUUCCAGGAGAAUUCGUGGUUCUAUUCUGCAAAGUUCAAGACUUCACGCCCCCAACCCUGCAUCAAAUCAAAGAAUGUAUCGCGUUCAUCGAGAAGCAUAAUGAUUUGUAUGAGCCUGUUGGAGUCCACUGCGCCCAUGGGUGUGGUAGAACGGGAACCGUGCUGGCCUGCUACAUGGUGAAGCAUUUCAAACUGACCGCCACAGCGUCCCUGGAAACACUACGAGGAAUGAGACCCGGUUCCGUGGAAACAGAAGAACAAGAAAACAUGGUGAAAAUGUACGAGGAAUACCUCCGUUCUACCUCAGAUACAUCAAAUAACAACUAA